UCUACUCGAUCUAUGGUCCGUAGCCUUGUCGGAACGGUAAACUGGCAGGCACCAGAACUCUGGCAUGCCCACCCAAAGUAUGACCACAAGGCCGAUGUCUUUUCUUGUGCCAUGGUCUUCUGGGAGAUCUUACAGUGGCAUGUUCCUAAUAAGAAGUACCCUUGGGAAGGCAUGAAUGAGCAUGCCAUCUACGAUGCUGUGGGUACAAGCCCAAACGCAGUCUCAAUCAGGCGAUGGACCCAUACCGUCGCCAUGAA